UAUAUUUUAAGCAAACAAAACUUCAUUUUAUUAAAAAAAUUCCAGCGUUGUUUAGAAAGUAAUAUUAAAUCAACUGCACCUUUUAUAAAAAGUAUAUCGUUGUUGAGCAACAACUUAAUUUUGAUUUACGUAUGGAUUCUGGAUAUAUUUUAAGCAAGAAAAUGAGCAGUGACGAAAUUAACAGUGGAGAAAAGCUUGCCAAUGGGUAUCCAUUUCGAGAUGAUAUUAUCAACUUCACAUUAAAAUACAAAGAAAAAAAAUUUUAUUUUGAAUUUCCAGUGUUAAUAGACAGAUCAUUUCUGCUGCGUGAAAUAAAAGAACGAACACGAGUUCGAGGUUCGUUUUGUCUGCGAUGGAAAACAGGAGAAGUAAAAGGAGAUCUAAAUAAAACAAAAGAAGAACAAAAAGAAAAGAAAGGCCCCUUUAAAAAAACAGCAGAUGUAUGUCUUCAUUCUACCAACAUAACAACGUUGACGUUAAGGCGUUUUUGUGGAAAGACGCUUCACAUUGUGAAUGUGGACAGAUCCUCCGCUGGAGAAGACCCUACAUGGGAACAUUUCUCUCAUGAUCCAGUCCUUGAAUAUAAGAGAAAAAUGAUUAGAGAGCGAUUCACACCGUUUGAUUGCCCACCAUAAUAUAAUUAAAGCACGACGAUGCUCUUCUCAUGAAGAGGUAAAGAAGAUAUAUUUCGAUGCUGUAGACCAAAGAAAAUGAGAGUCACACCACACAAUAUCAUUGGUUAAGAAAAAACGUUGGUCCCGUUGUCCCAAUAGGGAACGAAGUAAGUUAAAGGCCGAUGUCAUAAAAGUUAUAAUUUUCAAAAUGGUUGGUUUGGUAACAAAUGUGGGUCAACCUUAUUAAAAGAAUGAUUUCCAGGUCGUCGUAAUAAAUAAAAUAUCGACGAGAAAAAUCAAGAAGAACACUAGAAAUGUAUAUAUUUCUGUUAUGUUUUUUUAUACGUCUUGCACUUUUUCUUACACACAAGAAUAUUAUCACCGUCUCCUCGAAAGUGCUGUGAAACCUUAGUCAGGGUGGUCAACACUUUGAAUAUCUUGGAGAAACCUUGGAUGGUGUUUCUGCAACAAUGAAAAAAAGCUCCUUAUCAUUGUAUCGCUCCGGAAUACUGGAAUUUGUCGUUAAAAACUUGAAUUUUAGGCACAAAUACCUAAAAAAAACCGAAAAUAACUGGAAGCUUUGUCUUAAAAUAUUAGCUGCCCUGAUUUUACCGCGAAAUACAAAAAGUGUUUCAUCAUACGAGUUUGACCUAUCUUAUUUUUGUGUGAAAAAGCCGUAACAUACUACGUUAUUUCACACAAGGACGUCCAAAAUUUUCGAUGAGUCAGUAAAAUAGUGUCAUCAAUAUUUCAUAAACAGGUUGUCUCACUUUGCCUGGCUACUGUGUAGCUGUUAUCGUUUCCAAAAUCUACUCUACAGAAGACGGGCUUUAUAAUGAAAUGAAAUUGCUGAGCUGAAUAUGAAACUAAGUUUCCAAAGAGUAUUGGCAAGUGAUAAAAACAUAAAGCAAUGAAGAGUGAAGAUUUUUUUGAAAGAUCGUCCAAAAUUUUCAAAUAAAGUAUGUGAGAAACUUCAAACUUUGGAAUAUAAAAUGUAAGAGACUCAGGAUUUUUUUCAUAAUCUGCUACUCUAACAAGUAGUAAUUGAAAUCACUUGGUCAGCUGGGUCACCUAUGGGGCUUUUAGGAUUUAUAGGCCUUUUAAAUUUUCCAAAUUUGCAUUUUAUUUACCCCAUAAAUUAUAUAGACGAAACUUUUGAAUUAUGUACUUAUAUGUAUAGAGAGUACAAAAAUACGUCAGCAUACCAGAAAAUCCGAGGCUCUUACCCAGCUUACUCGUCCCCAAAUUCUCCCAAAUUGCCAUUCAGUUUCCCCAUAAGUUAUACGAAUAGAGGUCAUAAAAACACGAAAGCUCACCAAAACAUCCGAGGCUUUUUUGUCCAACUUACUAACCCGGCCUUCAUAUACAAUUCCUGCGUCAUUUUAUUGUUUAAUUUUUAUAUCCAGACACAGUGUGGCGCCUUUCUUAUUGUUUUGUUUUAUAAUAUGUGACCUUUUUGUUGCAAAUUGCAAUUUCAUUUUUGUUGUUGAAAUACUUACAGUGGGUGAGAAUCGCACGAUGUUAUUAAAAUUAGUAAAGUGUAACAAAUCCUACUAAAUAUCGCCGAUGGAAAAAGGACGCGAAAAUAACUCCAGCGAGGAUGGUAAGAUUUUCAAGUAUAAAAUUAAGUUGUUUUAAAAGAAAAUACAACCUGAAUUUUUUACAUACUAUUAGUUCGCUUCUGUUUUCGAAAAUUCAUUGUGUUUUUUGUUUUAUUUAACUGUUCAAGUUUAAUCAACUAAGACUAUCGUAUGAUGUCCUAUUUAGCUACGAUCAAAAACAAACAUAAGGAUCUUCAAGAACAGCCUGUUACAUUACGCUCCCAGAAUGGAAUAUUUUUGAGAAAUGUGUGAUAUCUUGUCUUUAUAAAAUAAGGGUUGAGUGAAUUUUAUUCACUUUCAUAAUAGAAAUCUUUUCUCUUCUCUGAAAGAUUUCUUUCGGAAUGAUGUAGCUUCGAUUUCUGGUGUCAUAGGUGUCAUAAAGGGGUAAACAGAAUACGACACAGUAUAUAUAUAUAACUAACAAUUAAAUAUUUAACAACAGCUACAAGAACGUCUGUUCGCUUUCGUUGCGCCUCCGGUACUGUUUUAGCACGUGACUUCAUCACGUAACAGGGUCGCAAGGGGUCGGAUUCUAAACGCCCACACUCUCCCCAAAAAUUAAAUGUUGUUAUAGCAGUUUGUUUUAUAAUUUUGAUUUGGUUUUUUUUUAAAGUUACGCUCGUAAGCGUUUGACUGUGACAAUAACGUCGCCAAAGCAGGACCUUUUGAAUGUCAAACUUUUCCUGAAUUAGGCAAAUAAAAGGUAAUAAAUAGUAUAAUCAGAACAUGAAUUUAUCAAAACUUUUUGAAACUGCCAAUGGUUAUUGUAAUUAACAUCUACGUUUAUCAGUUGAACGAUGAGAUAGAAAAAAAUCACAAGUUAUGAAGUAAUUCUUGCAUAGUUUGACAUUAUCAUCAGCACGAUUACAGUAAUAAAAUUUAACAUGAAAUGUGAAAGUAAUAUAUAUAAUUACCAUUCUCAAUUGGUUCCUCAGAUUGGGAAUUAAAUAUCUAAAGAUAAUAAAAGUAACAAUAAUAUUAUGAUAAUAUAAUGUUGCUAUAACACCAACCUAAUAACAGAGAAAUAGUUUGUUUUUAUUGUUAGUUUUAUUUUUAGUUACCCAUUCCCUAUGUUGUAUCGUGAAUAAUAAGAGACAAGAUAACCUACAGCAAUGUCUUUAGAAUGAUAACCCAAGGAAAUCAAGCAGCACUGAAUAAAUCUUUACCGCUUGGAUACACUGUCUUAAAAAGAAGAUUUUUGUCAAAUGCCCUUGGUUAUAUUUGUUUUUCCCGAAGGAAUGCAAGUAAAUGAAGAAAUAAAGACCCAAAGAACUUGUGAUGAAGAUUUUAAUAUGGUGGAUCAGAUAAAGCAGAAGCGAUAUGGCAUCUUAAAUGAUGUUUUCAACAAUACUUACCAUCGCCUCCGUCAAGAAUAUGUCCCGCUUGUAAAGAAAAGGAGACUGUCAAGGAGAGUAAAGCCUAGACUGACAAUGCAAACACUCUUGCGCCAGCUAAACAUAUCUGACGAGGAAUUUAAAAGCAUGCAACAUCAAAAUGAAAUGGAAAGCAUUUCUUUAUAUCAAGCAUUUAAAAAUAAUAUACUGAAUCACGGAACCUUAAAAUGGAGAUUAUUUAGCAGUACUAAUCAAACAGUUGUAAUGAACGAUUAUGAUUCGGAAACUGGUGACUUUAAGUUUUUUGAUUAUGUUAUUGUAUCCAUGGAAGCCUCACCUCAGGAUAACAAUGUUGUCUAGAAUUGUUCCUGUGAAACAUUUCGUGUAUUAAUGUCUACUGUGCAGAUGAAUUUUGGCGAAAUUACUUGGGAAGGAUUGAUGUGUCUUCAUUGCCGUAUGUUGAAAGAAUUACAGCUACAGGUAGAGGUUAUUUUGACUGAUUUACUUUAUGUUAUUAUUCGUUAAUGAAUUUUGCUCUCUAAAUGUAAAUACAGAGAAAAUUUGCAGUUAAAAAAUAAGAAAUUUAUUUUUGUUUAUAUAUUGUAGCAUAAAGUUCGCCGUGUUGAUUUAAGUUCUGACCACGCGUAUACGAGAGAAAUUCCGAAUACAGAUGCACCAGUAAAUAAAUGAUUUUUCCUGCAGCCUUGAAGAGUACUGUUUGAAUAGGGAAGCUGGGUACUUUAGAAAUACUCGUUUUUCCCACGAUGUAUUUAACGGCUACAGUCACGGCUGUUCGUCUGUUUACAACAGCAAAUCCUUUCCUGGUUUAACUUCUGUAAAUACAUCCAUAUGUGAGCAGUUUAAUUCAUACCUAAAAUGUAUCAAGUCUUCUGCAAAACAUAUGUCCCAAACUAAUUUCAUGUUGUUCAUGGAAGAAGUCAUCCUACGAUAAAAAAAACUACGGCUUGCAUUAAGUCAUGCUGAUACGCAUGAUGAAUAUUGAAUAUUUAUAAUAUGUUUGCAGCUACUGUUCUUUUUUUUUUGUUUUUUAUUUUUUUAUUUAUGGUUUCUUAGCGGACGACUUAUAACUUUGACAACAUCUUCAACAUACUAUUAUUAUUUGAAGAAUCUCUAAUUCAUCAUUAUUUGGACGGUAAUGGACAUAACACCGACGUUAACGACAACGGAACGACUGAAUUGACGAAAAUAAAAGAAAAACGUAGAUCACAGGUAUGAAGCUAAUUUUAAGAAACAAUUUAUGUAUCUUUACAACCACAAAAUAUAUCACUUUAAAAUUAA